UCAUAAAUAUAAAAACCGUGUAAUAUGGAAAAAAGGAAAAGGCGUGGAGCAAAAGAAAGCGAACCGCCUCGAAUCUGCAAAAACAGUGGGACCCACUCCUUAAAAAAAUAGUAAAGCAUCGCUCUCGCUCUCCUUGCUGCAGACGUUCAAGCUUUCGGUCAAAUUCCAAAAACCCUAAUCCCCCCAUCGUCUCCGCCGAAACUCAAACCUAAAACCCCUUCAUCCCCUUCUUCUUCUAGUGUAAAAGUUAAGGUUAAAGAGCUGGUAUGGUCAUGGCGGUGAUCAACGGCGGUCGGGUAGCGAAGAGGGCGAGGCGGAGCAACCGGGUCUCCGCCGAUCUCUACGAUUUCUUCACUUUUCCGGCGGCGGCGGAUGGCAGAGGAGGGUCGCCGCUGCCACCGUUCCGGGACGGGGUGAGAUCUUUCCUCUCGAGCUACGCGCGGGUUGCGUUCCCACCGUCGACGCUCUUUUCGAGCCUGAUGACGUGGCAGAUCCUGCUCAGUGUCGGAGAUUCUACGAGCGGCUCAGAUCUCUCCUCAAGGUUCGUCUCACUUGACGUCGUGGAAGAGGACGUCACCAGAUCCUCCAGAUCCGUUUACUGUGACCACUGCCGAGUGGUUGGUUGGAGCGGGCAUCCAGUGUGCAGGAAGAGAUACCAUUUCAUCAUAAGGUCAGGAGACAACGAGAGCAUCGACGGCAUUGGGCAGAAAUCAUGUUCGCUUUCCGACAGCUCGGUUUUACUGGCGGACGAUGUCGAGAACUGGGUUUACUCUCAGCUCGACGACGACCACACUCACCUCCUCCACGGUGUUAUCCACUCCAACGGCUAUGCCCAUCUCUUGUCACUCAACGGUAGAGAAGGCGGCUCGGGCUACUUGCCUGGUCGUGCCAUCAUGGACUUCUGGGAUAGACUUUGUUCCUGGCUCAGAGUUCGGAAGGCGAGUGUGAUGGAUGUGUCUAGGAAGUACGGUAUGGAUUACCGAUUACUUCACGCAGUCACCAGAGGGCAUUCGUGGUACGGAGAGUGGGGAUAUGAAUUCAAAUCCGGGAGUUAUGCUCUCACUCGUGAUGCAUACCAGAAUGCGGUGGAUACGCUUUCGGAUGUUUCCUUGUCUCAAUUCAUGUUCCGAGGGAGAACGCCGAGAACUCAGCUCCACUCCAUUAUCCCUUUCUAUCAGUCACUUUCAUGUUCAGAACUCGUGACACUUCGUGACCUCUUCUCCUUCCUGCUCCAGCUAAUCCACAAUAUUCGUUCCGGGAAAUCUGAGGAACUUGCUUCAGUACCUUCGGAUGUGUUGUGUUCUUGGACUAGGAGUGAUGUGGGAACUGUACAGAAAGCCAUGAUCAAGGUGCUGAAAGCUGCAGGAGGUGAACGAGGAAUAUGGGUCAGUAGGAGGGCUCUCAAAGGAUCUACUUGCAGAACAGUGUCUUUGGAGCUACUUGAUUACUGUCUCUGUCAUUUAGAUGGGGAGCCCACCGGUGAUGGAUCUCAUAUUGUCUGCUCCAGAUUCAAUGCCUCUUCUAACGAUCUGGAGUUCAGGCUUGUCCUGGUGAACUCAAUCAAUCCGACUGAUCCACGUGUAGACUAUCCAUCAGAGGAGCAUGUGAAACGUGACCUAAGAUACGUGUAUGACACUUUACUGCACCCACAAACCAUGUCAAAAUUUAGGUCUCAAGAAACAAGAGAGAAAAUGAUGGACGCAUCAACUAAAAUACUCGAUUGUAAGCAUUUCAUAAAAGAUUACCUGCCAGUCAAUGUGAAUCCCUUUGCCAUCAACCUCUGGUGUCAUGUGGAGCUUUCGGACCAGUCCAAAGAAUGUCCAGCUCCACCCCCAGAACUUCUGGUUUUGCCCUUGAACGCUACUGUAACUGACCUCAAAAUCGAAGCUGCUAAGGCUUUUCAGGAAGUGUAUGCAAUGUUCAAAAGGUUCGAGGUCGUGGAACUCCUAGGAUACGGAUCACUGGAAGAUUCAAUGACCCUGAAAUUCCUAGUUGGCACCAGUGGUAUGGUACGGAUCAAAGGGCGAUGCUCAUCAAAGCAUGGGCUCCUACGGUACCGCAUGGAGAGGGGAGUCGAGAACUGGAAAGUUGAUUGCGUGUGUGGAACAAAGGAUGAUGAUGGGGAGAGGAUGCUGUCUUGUGAUGUGUGUGGUGUGUGGCAUCACACUAGGUGUGCUGGGAUCGACAACACUGAUGCACUGCCGUCUAAGUUUCAUUGUUUCAGAUGCAUCCAAUUGUACAGGAAGAGAUCGAAGCAAUCUGAUAUAGUGCAUGAUUCUGGUCAGGUGCCUCAACCCACCUUUGUUUGUAGAGGCGAGUCUGUUGAUAUGGACAAUGGGUCUAAUUUAUCAGUACCACUCACUGUAGGCUAACUAUGUAUUCCUGAUCUAGCUAUGUACAGUUUGAGAUUUUAUGCUAGGUCUAAAACUGCAAGUAGCAAAAUUACUACA